AUGUGCUCACAGGUAGCCUCAGGUAUGAGUUAUUUGGAGUCCAUAAAGUUGGUGCACCGAGACCUGGCGGCCAGGAAUAUACUGGUGGGCGAUAAUAACGAGGUAAAAGUGGCCGAUUUUGGGUUAGCCCGCAUUAUUGAGGAGGAGGAGUACGUGGCCCGAAUGGGGGCUAAGUUCCACAUUAAGUGGACGGCCCCCGAGGCCGCACUCUUUGGCAAGUUCUCUACAAAGUCUGAUAUCUGGUCGUAUGGGGUGCUGUUGUACGAAGUGAUCACUUUUGGUCAGGUCCCCUAUGCAGGUAUGAACCAGCGGGAAAUCCUGGAUCAGGUAUCUCGAGGUUACCGGUUACCCAAACCCAUAUACGUGGAGUGUCCCGACUCUUACUACGAUAUGAUGCUUAAGUGUUGGGAUGAAGUGCCCGAAAAUAGGCCCACCUUUAAGUACUUAUACCAUUUCUUCGAGGACUACUUCGUGGCCACUGAGAGACAGUACCACAAAGCAGAUGAAAACGAGGAGGACAUCGAUGACCAAUAAAUGAUCUACUUUUUGAUCGCAUACUUGUUUCACAUCUAUUAUAAUCAAACUCUAAUCACAUCGAUAAAUUAAAUUUUAUAUGAUUUAUAUAUUUUAUAAAUAGUCA